GCCCCUCGCCGCGCACGGAGAUGGCGGAGUUGGACAUUGGGCAGCACUGCCAGGUGGAACACUGCCGCCAGCGAGAUUUUCUUCCAUUUGUAUGUGAUGGUUGUUCAGGAAUAUUUUGCCUUGAACACAGGAGCAGGGAGUCACAUAGCUGUCCUGAGGUGACUGUAACCAGUGAGGGACUGAAGUCAGAUACACAUACAUCUUACCCAUGCUCAUUCAAGGAAUGUGCUGAAAGAGAGCUUGUACCAGUUGUGUGCCCUUAUUGUGAGAAGAAUUUUUGCCUGAGACACCGUCAUCAGUCAGAUCAUGAAUGUGAAAAAUUGGAAAUCCCUAAGCCUCGUAUGGCUGCCACUCAGAAACUUGUUAAAGACAUUAUUGAUUCCAAGACAGGAGAAACAGCGAGUAAACGAAGGAAAGGUGCAAAAAAUAGUGAAACAGCUGCAAAGGUAGCAUUGAUGAAAUUAAAGAUGCAUGCUGAUGGAGAUAAAUCAUUGCCACAGACAGAAAGAAUUUACUUUCAGGUCUUCUUACCUAAGGGGAGCAAAGAGAAAAGCAAACCAAUGUUUUUUUGCCAACGAUGGAGCAUUGGAAAGGUCAUAGACUUUGCAGCUUCUUUAGCCAGUCUUAAGAAUGACAACAACAAAUUAACAGCUAAGAAAUUGAGGUUGUGUCACAUUACCUCAGGAGAAGCCUUACCCUUGGAUCAUAUUUUGGAAACCUGGAUUGCUAAGGAGGAUUGUCCUUUACAUAAUGGUGGAAAUGUUAUCUUGGAAUAUCUUAAUGAUGAAGAACAGUUUUUAAAAAAUGUGGAUUCUUACUUGGAAUAGUCUUUGAAGAUUCAAACCAGGAAUCACAAGGAAAAUUCAAUGUUAAUCAAUUUCUUUUAUUGCAAGUAUUAUAUAUUUUUUUAUUUUUGAAUUUUUGGGGGGAGUUCUCUUAUGGUGCAGUGGAUUAAGGAUCUGGCAUUGUCACUGCAGUGGCCUAGGUUGCUACUGUGGCACAGGUUCAUUCGCUGGCCUGGGAACUUCCACAUGUUGUAGGUGCAGCCAAAAAAAAAGAAAAAGAGAAAGUUACUUUUUAUUUCCAUUAUGUCAUAAUUUAAUUAUCAGUUUUCUAUUAAGUUGAAUUUGAAUUUUUGUGUUUUCAAGUUUAACUAUGAACUGACAUUCAAUUAUUAGCAAAUUCUUGUAUCUAAUUCACUUUUAUUAGGUUGUGCUGUAGUAAAAAUAACAAAGAUGUAUUUUUCAUUUGGUUAA